UUGCAUUAUUUGAGAGUAAAUUUAAUUCAAUUUACACAUACGCUUUGCCAUCCAUUUCGUGCUCUUGGUAAACAAAACAAUUUGCUUAAUAAAAUAAAUUGAUACAAAUAAAAUUUGCUGUAGCUCAGAGAUAAUUUAUUGUUUGUUAAAUAAACAGAUGUUUAAAAGUGUUUUUCUGUGUUGAAGGGGCACUUUAAAACUUUUUUUUAUAGUUUAGUUGCAAUUGAGCAUUUCAUUAAAACACAUUGAAAAGGAAUUGUUUUUAAAACAAGUAUUAAAAGUCUCCAUCAUGGUCGUAGUUAAAGAAGAAGAUUUCGGCACCAUAGUAGAUCCUAUGACUAAACAACCGGCUAAAGUACGUCGCAUAACCCUCUCAAAUGAUCACCAAAUGUCGGUUCAACUUUUGACUUUGGGUGUGAAUAUAGCCAGUGUACGCUUGCCGGAUAAAAAAGGUCAAGUUGAUGAAUUAUCUUUAAGUUUUGAUAAUGUCGAAGGUUAUAUAGCCACACAGCCAGCAUAUAUAGGUGCCACAAUGGGUCGUGUAGCAAAUCGUGUGGCUAAUGGUCGUUUUACUUUGAAUGAAGAGAUUCAAGUUACCAAGAAUUUCAAAGAUAAAUAUCAAUUACAUGGUGGUUUUAUUGGUUUCGAUAGUGUCAUCUGGGAGGUGGUACAAACUCUACCGGAUGGUGUUGUUUUCAAACAUAUUUCGCCUGAUGGUCAUGAGGGUUAUCCAGGAGAGGUAACCUGCACCAUAACCUGUACUUUAAAUGACAACAAUGAAUUUCGCAUGCAAAUUGAGGCCACCACCAAUCAGACAACCUGUAUUAAUGUUACUAAUCAUGCUUACUUUAAUUUGGCGGGUCAUAAUUCCGGUAAACUAGGUCUUAGUCAACACACUGUUAUGAUUAAUGCCGAUAAUAUAGUAGACACCGAUUUAGACCAAAUACCCACCGGCAAAUUGGCUCCGGUAGCAAAUACUGUAUAUGAUUUAAAAACUCCUGAAAUGGCCGAUCGCUUACCCUUGUUUAAGGAUAAACCCAUUAAUGGUUAUGACAACUGUUAUUGUGUGAAUUUGGAAGGUAAUAAAACAACCCGCAUAGCACGUGUGGAACAUCCGGAAAGUGGACGUUGGCUGGAGAUUUUAACCAAUCAGCCUGGAGUGCAAUUUUAUACUUCUAACAAUCUGCCGGAUGUAGAGAAUGGUGCCCCCGCUUUAGAGGGUAAAGGUGGUGCCCUUUAUGUUAAGAAUGGAGCAUUUUGUUUGGAAACACAAAAGUAUCCCGACUCUAUGAAUCAUGCUAAUUUUCCUACAAUAUUUUUAAAUCCAGGCGAGAAAUAUUAUCAUGAUGUCGUAUAUAAAUUUGGUAAUUGAAAAUAUUUUGGAAAA